AUGUUUGUGAGGGCUGACGAGUGCUUCGAGAAACCAGAUCAUCAACGUGUCAUUUACUGCGAACUCAAAGAGAUAUACGAUGUGGACGAUACAAUGCGAUAUAAUGUUGACGUAUUAUGGCGAUUGACGAGAUCCUGUCAUGCCGUUGGUAAUACGUACGAAGCGAAAGAUCAGAAAAGAAAGGAGAUUCUGCUAGAGGGUCGUGAAUAUGCACUACAAGCGUACAGUAUUGACGAGAACAAUUUCAAUGUGUUGAAGUGGACUGCGGUCGUGGUUGGAUCGUUGACCGAUCAUUUGGGAACACAAGAGAAAAUUGAACAAGGAUACCUUUUUAAGGAGUAUUUGGACAGAGCCAUAGCGAUUCAGCCUAAAGAUACUACGCUAUUGCAUAUGCGCGGCAGAUUCGCCUAUUCGGUGGCCAAUUUGUCGUGGUUAGAGCGAAAGGCUGCCACCAUGUUGUACUCGAAACCACCUGAAGCGACGGUCGACGAAGCGCUCGAAGAUUUCCUUGAGGUGGAAGAACUGGAACCGAGCAGUUGGAUUGAGAAUCUCUAUUAUCUAGUUCAGUGUUUAUUGAUCAAGAAAAACAAGCAAGAGGCUGUAAAAUAUAUGAAGAAUGCGUUGCAAAUCACGCCAGUUGACGAUUCUGAAUCACGAAUGUUAGCCGAUAUCAGACGUCUUUUAUCGAGACAUUCCUGA